CCAACCAUGGUAUAUAUGCCUUUCAUCACGAUGAAAAAAGUCACAGGACCUCCAGAAUUGCUCGCGCUCUCAAGCUUGCAAACAUCGACAAAUCUAUAAACCGUGCCGAUUCACCAACUCCAAGUACAAACUACACCACCUUGCACACCACCACUUGAGCGCCAGAGCCACACCUACACUCAACAUGAUGAUCCGGAGACAGAACCUCCACCGCUUCCAGAGCCUCGCACUCGCACAAACAUCCAGAACCCUUGCACAAACACCACGCUACGUCUCCCAGAGCGCACGACAGAAUGUCUCUAUCCCCGCCUCAUCACAAGUCUCGACCUCACAUCUACUGUCGACACAGCCAGAGUCGCAAAUAGCGCAGACAAAAGCAGUCCUCGGACGCCUACCUACCGAGACUGUCCUCCGAUCCUACCUUAUCACAGCCGUAUCAUCACGGCCUCUGCUGCUCAAUGCUUGCUUCGGCAUCUUACGGCGCAUGCUAGACUCGAAGUCUUUCCUCCUGAGCAUCGAGCGAAACCCAGUGCUGUCCAACUUGCUCAAGAAGACUUUCUACGCGCAGUACUGCGUUGGCGAGAAGAAGGAUGAGGUUGUCAAGAACACCGAAUUCGCGCGCACACUUGGAUAUGGCGGCAUCCUGUUUGAGUACGCGCUCGAGGUUCUAGGUGGAAAGGCACCGACUGCCGAGGAGACCAAGAUGGAGAUUGAGGUGUGGAGGAAGGGCAUGUUGCAAAGUGUCGAUAUGGCGAAGGAGGGCGACUUCGUUGGACUGAAAUGGUCCGGUCUCGGUCGUCAUGCCCUCAACCUCCUCCAGAACCAGCAAGAUGCCACCCCUGAAAUGUGGGAUGCCAUCACAGCAGCUUGCGAUGCCGCCGCUGCAAAGGGUGUCAGUCUCCUCCCUGGCGCCGAAGAAGAAGCCACCAACCGUGGACUCGAGAGGUGGACGCUAGCCCUACAGGAGAAAUACAAUAAGCCCGAGAAUGGUCGUGCAGUCCUCUACAUCACAUACCAAUGCUACCUUCGCGACAUCUCGAAGCGCCUGGCCCAGCACCUUGAGCGCGCAUCAAAGAAAGGCUACAUCGCCGGUGUCAAGCUCGUACGCGGCGCCUACCUCACCUCCGAGCCCAAGCACCUUACGUUCGAUACCAAAGCCGGCACUGACGCCAACUACGAUGCUUGCGCUGAUGCCGUAGUCCGCCAACAAUGGACUGACAAGGUCCCCGCCCCCACACCAGGCACUCCCUUCCCCAAGGUCAACAUUGUCCUAGCAACCCACAACCUCGCCUCCGUCCAAGCUGCCCAGAAGAUCCGCGCCCAACAAAUGCUCUCCACCUCCCCAGAGAACCUACCCCGUCUCACCUACGCCCAACUACAGGGUAUGGCCGACGAGAUCUCUCAGGCUCUAGUCCAAGACGAGACGAUGAAGGCGGAUACCCAGGCUAAGGUCGUCAAGUGCAUGACUUGGGGAACUACAACUGAGUGCCUGAACUUCUUGCUCAGGAGGGCGAGUGAGAACAAAGAGGCUGCGCUCCGUACUGAGGAUACCCGAAAAGCGAUGGGCAAGGAGCUCUGGAGGCGGUUGAGGGGUGUUUUCGGCCUUGCUUAAAUCGGGCUUUUCGUUUUUGGGAUUGAUGAUUUAUGAAGCGAGGCAUUUGCAUGAGCAUAAGCAUGGCGUUUGGAGGAACGAUGGGGAAGCUACUUCUAGCAUCACGGCUACCCUUUUUCUUCAGCAUUUGAGAUUUUGGGUAUUUUGCAUAGCGGUUUCACUUACGAGGGAGGGUACUUCCCAGAUAUCAAUAUGAACAUCAUAAACUAUUAUUAUUCAUCUCUGUCGCUG